AUGGCACCCAAAGGAAAGGUCUACAGGGGGUCGGUGAAGGAUUUCCCAGGCUUUGACGCCAGCCAGGAUGCGGAGGCCUUGUACAAUGCCAUGAAGGGAUUUGGCAGCGACAAGGAGGCCAUCCUUGACCUCAUCACAUCUAGAAGCAACAAGCAGCGAGUGGAGAUCUGCCAAGCCUACAAGUCCCUCUACGGGAAGGACCUCAUCGCAGACCUCAAGUACGAGCUGACAGGGAAGUUUGAGCGGCUGAUCGUGAGCCUGAUGCGGCCCCCAGCUUAUAGCGAUGCCAAGGAGAUCAAAGAUGCCAUCGCGGGCAUCGGUACGGAUGAGAAGUGCCUCAUCGAGAUCCUCGCCUCCCGCACCAACCAGGAGAUCCACAACCUGGUGGCUGCCUACAAAGACGCCUACGAGAGGGACUUGGAGGCUGAUAUCGUUGGAGACACAUCUGGCCACUUCAAGAAGAUGCUCGUCGUUCUGCUUCAGGGCACCAGGGAGGAGGACGACGUGGUGAGCGAGGACCUGGUGGAGCAGGAUGCCAAGGACCUGCUGGAAGCUGGCGAGCUGAAAUGGGGCACAGACGAGGCCCAGUUCAUCUACAUCCUUGGCCGGCGAAGCAAGCAGCACCUCCGCCUGGUCUUCGAUGAGUACCUGAAGAUUUCCGGGAAGCCAAUUGAGAGGAGCAUCCGGGGAGAGCUCUCUGGUGACUUUGAGAAACUGAUGCUGGCUGUGGUUAAGUGUGUCAGAAGCACUGCAGAGUAUUUUGCUGAAAGGCUCUACAAGGCCAUGAAGGGGCUGGGCACGAGGGACAACACGCUGAUCCGCAUCAUGGUGUCCCGCAGUGAGAUCGACAUGCUGGACAUCCGGGAGGUAUUUAGGACCAAGUACGAAAAAUCUCUCUACAACAUGAUAAAGGAGGACACCUCUGGGGAGUACAAGAAGGCCCUGCUGAAGCUGUGUGGAGGAGACGAUGAGUAA